GCGGUUACUCAUUCCAUAACGAAAGUUUCAACUGAAAACACAACCAACGAAUAUCGCCUUUUAUUUUUCUAAACGAAACACAUUUUCGUUACUUCAAAAUUUUUACUUCAUAAGUGCCAAGGUAAAGAUAAAGCCAACUAAAUCAAAAACGUGAUUUACGUGAAAUGAAGCAAAAACUAUAAACAUUGAACGCCGAUUAUUAUCAUUUUUGUUUUUGUUUUUGGCAACUAAUUUCUCUCUCCAUUGUUAUUGUUUAUUGUGUGAUAAUUUGGAAACGAAAAAAAAAACAGAGAGAAAAACCGGAACUAAAUUUUACGUUUGGGAAUAAAAGAAUAUACAAAACACGAAACGAACCUUUCCAAAAAGAAAAGAAAUUUAAAAAGCAUCAGCAGCAUCAGUAUUCGAACACAGAACACGAAAACAGAUCUAUAUCGAACACAGUGUGCGCCCGAGUGAAAGAAAAUUGCAGCUAAACUGAUCUGAUCGAAAGUUAUUAAAAAGUAACGAGCCAUCGAGAGCGAGAGAAAGAAAGAAAAAUACACUUGAAGAGAAAUCAUACAAUCAAAAGCAACGAAAAAAAAACAAACAAAAUCACCGACAAUUGUUGAAUUUCUUCGUUGAAUCGUGUGGCCGAAUUUAAAAACCAAUUCAGUGGGACAAGAAAGUUGUUGCAAAUCGCGACACUUGUUCACAAUUAGAAGAAAGUGAACGGUUACUUUUUGAGAAUAUUUGGAGAGGCGCGACAUACCAAGAUGGUUAAAAUAAUUUAUUCGAUUGCCGUAUUGACAACACUGUUGUCAAUGUGUUCCGGCUCUGCCAUUCCGAUGUGGGAAUUCCUUGGUCGUACUGAAAAGAUGUCACAUUUAUACUCGAUGUUUGCAAAAGAAGUGAGCAAAUAUUGUAAAUCGAACGGAGACCCAUCGGUUACAAAAUGCAAACACGAUUUAUUGACGUUUGGUGUUACCAAAUUGGAGAAAAUGAACGAAUCACAUUUGGAUGCCAUGGAUCCAUAUCAACGUAGUGCCAACGACAUAAUCUGGGACUCGAUUAUGGAUGGACAUCCAAUGAUGCAAGCAAAGAAGCAACAAACAACAAAAGCUCCAAUUCGUCAACCAACCGGCCUGUUCGAACGUAAUCCAUUGUUUGAUGGUAUGGACGAUGAAGAAGAAAAGCCAAAACAACAAAAUAAACCUGAGAAAGUUGACUAUGGCAUGGACAUGGAUAUGUCAUAUGGAAACAAUGGUUACGAAGAGCCAGCCAAUCAUUUGCCAUUUGCAACGAACAUUGAUUUUCAAUACGAUUUACCAGCAGUAAAUGCACCAUCAAAUUAUCUAAUUGGACCAAUGAUUGUUCGUGUUAAACCGGAUGGUACACCAGUCGAUGAAGACAAAACCAAACCACUUCCAAUCGAUGAUGAUCGUGAAGCGAUGACAAUUGGAUCGGGAUUUUUCCCAAUGUCAAAACAACCAUCAACACGCCUUGAAGCUCCAGCCGCACCGGCACCCAUUGCUCAAGCAUCAAGAGCACGCAUCAUGCCAGACUCAUCCGUUUACACAAACUAUCGAACGAUCACAAGACGAACACCGAAAAAUCAACAUUAAACCAAUUUUGGAUGUUCGACAUUUAUUUAGAUAAUCGCACAAAAUCAAACCCAACAAAGAUGAUAAUUUUAACAUGCACACAAACACACAUCCAACACACAUUUAGCUCAAUAAUAACUACUUAAACAUUUAAUUUUAGUAAAAUAAUUUAUUUAAUUUAUAUAAAAGAAUAUGAAAAGUCCAAAACAAAGAGAAAGAAAAAAUCAUGAGAAAUAUCCAGGAAAAUCGCACGAGCUUUGGUGUUGGCCAUGGAUUUUUAAGAAGUCAAUCAUUCGAAUUGGAAUGUUAAGGUACGAUAACAGAAAGACGCAUAGAGCAUUUUCGUUGUGAAUCCAACUGUUCUUUCGAUAAACCGUUUCCAAUGAUCGACUCUAAAAUUCCACCGCACAAUCACUUUUCUGGUCGAAAUUCGGAAUUUUCCAUUUUGUUUUGACAACCAAAAAAAAGAACAAUGAACGAACAAACGAACGAAUGUUUUCAUAAAUGACAAUGUUGCCGAUUGACAAUAAUUUGUUAUUUGGAAAUCAACUCGAUGAGUGGCGAUCGGUCGGUGUUUUAGUUUUCGGAGGUAUGAAAUUGCAUUCGAAUAGAAAAUGUCGUCCGUGUAUCGCUGCGUCGACACACUUUGUAGAAUUGAGCAAAAAUUGUCAGUCGACCUGUUUCUUGGAGCACCAAGAAUGAUUUCUAUUUUCUAUUUACACAAACACACACACACUCAGACCCAUUUCAUAACUACCAUCAAAAUUCAUUCUGUAUUGUUUUUUUUUGCGAAAUUCUCUUUGACAAAAAAUAAUUCAUAAUUUUCUCUCAUUCAUUUGUAAAUAGUCAGCGCACAUUUAUGUAUUAUUUUUCUUUUCUUGUGUCUUGUAACUAGGUAUUAUUAGUUUUAAAUAUGUAUUUUUUGUUUGUUUGUUUGUUAACAAAAAAUGAGAAUGAAAGUCAAUGCGUGCGUCGCAGUCGAAACCGAAUAUGGAAUCAUUGGCAAAUAGAAGUGCGUGCUUUGCAUUUCUAUGGCUGUGAUAUGUCACAUUUGUACGGUGCUCGCAUUCGGACGACGACAAUUGACACAAAUUAUUAUUGACAAUGCAAAGAAAAAAAUCGUAAACGAUUUCUUUUCGCUCGAUUGUGUGUGUAUCUUUUGUGAUAUUGAAAGGUACUUUAAAUGUAUUCCAAAUGUUUGGAAAAUUGAAUUAUGAUUUAUUCCUUUUUUUAACCACACUUGGAUUGUUUAUUUUAAAAUCGAUGGGUGUGGGUGCGCUAUUAUUCCAUACGUUUAAUGACAUUUAUGGUCGUUUGAUUUUUAGCAUCUUUUGGCAAUGCAAAUAAAACACAAGAACAUCAACAUGCCAUUUCGGACGGAAUAACUGCGUACACGACACCACGAGCCUAAAAUAGAUUUUUAAGCUAGACUAAUGACAGGUGUUAGAUUGAUCCACACAACGGGACCAAGACAUCAGUUGUAUUUUAAGCAGAACGAUGUGAUUUUUGAUAGCAAAUACGAUUUAUAGAUUUUAAACAAAAAAGAGGAACAAAUCGAUAAAAUAAACAUAUUUAAUUUGAAUUGAAUAAAGAAUAAAAUUAAAAAUUAAAUAUAAA